AUGAUAUCUCAUAUUAAAAAAUUUAUAAAUUUAUAUACAAUUGUUUUCCUUUUAUAUAUUCUAUAUAGUAAUGAAAAUUUUUUUGUAAAAGGGCAAAAAUUACCACCUGGGUUUUGUCCUUCUCCAUUAAUAUAUAGAAAUACAACAGAUAGACAAAGUGAUAUAGAUAUUGGCUUUCAAUUUUUAGGUGAAACAAAUUGUGUUCAACCAUGUCCAUCUUUAAUUUUAACAGAAAAUGAAUGGAAUAAAGUUUUUAAUAUGUCAUUAGUUGCGGGAACAAUUUCAAUGUUUGCAUUAAUAUUUUUAAUUAUUACAUAUAGUCCAUUAGUUAAUAAUAUUAAAGAUUAUACAAGACAUACUGUUGGAAUUUUAUUUUUAUUUUCUGGAAUUUUAAUUGCAAUGACAACAGAUGGUAGACAACUUUGGGAUAUUGAUUUAGGAUUUAAAAAAUAUUGUCCAGAACCAGGUAGAUUUGCAAGACAAUCAGAUUCAAAAUGUUUAGUUACAGCAAUUUUCUUUCAAUUUGGUUGUGUAACUGCAUUGUUAUGGUGGGCUGCAAUUUCAGUUGAUUUAUGGAUAACAAUUAAAAAAAUUAAAAUUUCAAAGAAAUUAUUUAUAAUUUAUACAAUUGCAGUGAAUAUAGUUACCAUAGUUUUAACAUUUGGACCAGUUGGUUCUAAACAGUAUGGUUACAUUGAUGCUGCAAUUGGUUGUUGGUUAAUGGAUUUGAAAUAUCAAGUUGGUUAUUUCUGGGCACCAGUUGGAUUUUGUUUAUGUGUUGGUUGUGUUAGUAUAGUUUUAAUUCUUAAAGAGAUUUACAAUGUUUCAGAUGCCGUUAAAAAGAAAUUAUUAGCAAAACAUUUGAAACCAUUAAUGUUAAUCAUUUUAAUGUUGACAGAAUUUAUUUAUAUGUUUAUUUUCUAUUCAUAUACAACUUCAAAAAAAAAUCAUUAUCAUGAUAUUAUUGAAGAGUAUGUUGUAUGUUUAUUUGUUCACGCGGCAAAUCCGUCCGUUUGUAAAAUUGGUUCAACAAUAUCACCAUCAGCUCACUUCUUUUUCCAUUUAUGUAUUAGAUUAAUGGGUUUAGAAGUUUUAAUUUUCUAUGGAUUUACAAGACAAACAAGAAAAAUUUGGAUGAGAUCAUUUUGGUUUAAUAAUAGUUUUAUUAAAAGAUUCUUACCAUCUAUUUCCUCAUCAAAUGACUCAAAAUCAUCAAAUAAUAAAACAAGCGGUCGUGUAACUGGUGGUUUUGGUGAAUCAUCUGAGCAAUCAAAUGAACCUGAACAAUCAAUUGAAUUAUCAGGUAUUGAUGAUUCUAAACAUGAUCCAUAA